AUGACUGACGCAGGCAAUCCUCCUCCUGACGCUCACUGGGAUGGGGCCGACCUAGGAGCUGCGCAUGAUGGUAGCGAUGACGAAAGUUGGGACAAAAUCGAUAGACAAGGUAUAUUGUUGCUCUUGUGGAUACACGGGUAAGUCGGGAGCUCUGCGGACUUAAAGGUCACGUUUCUCACUGCAUCUCCUCGCUCGCUCGGCCUAUCGCAGUUUCAAAGGAUCAUCAACUACGACCUUCUGUGACUUUCCGGCACGAGUGGCGCACAUGGUACAGGAGACGCAUUCCAACUUGGCCGUCUGCUCCGAGGUGUAUCCGACCUACGAGACUCGAGGCUCCUUAGCUGCGGCCUCGGAAGCUCUUCUUGAGUGGCUCACUCUUCGCACUGUCGAGUUGGAAUGCAAGCCUCUAACGGACGAGAAGACGGGCCAGGAGGUGCCAGCCAACGUAUCGGGCAGAGGACUUGGUGCGGGCAGUGUCCGCAUCGUCCUUUGCGGCCACAGUAUGGGGGGGUUAGUGGCCGUGGAUGCGGCUCUUAGCGCUGCUUCGUCCGCUCCCCCAGGCCCUCAUCGACACGACCGGCUCUGGCCCCGAAUCGUUGGUCUCAUUGCCUUCGACACGCCAUACUACGGUGUUCAUCCGGGAACAUUCAAGAACAGUGCAACAAAAUAUGGAGGGUAUCUGAAGCAAGCACACUCGAUUGGCACCCAACUAGCGCCCUUGGGAGCCGGUCUUGGGCUUUGGGGAGCUUCCAAGGCAGCAGCCAAUCCUGCCCCUGCCAAUGCUCAUAGGAUUGCAAAUGGUGCAUCGCCCUCGUCUGCUUCUUCGCAGUCGACAGGCUCGAAGCAGGAGGAGAAGAAGAGCAGCUCUUGGAGCAGUGCGCUAAUGAUUGGCGGUGCUGCUAUGACCGUGCUAGCCGGGGCCGCAGGGGGUGCUUACUUCGGCGGAGGCUUUGAAUGGCUGAACGAUCACUUCUUGUUCGUCAGCAAUCUCUGGGAUGAUCAGGGCCUAAAGUCAAGGUGAGAGUGUCUGUCCUCCUCGCAGCAUGGAAAAUUUGAUGGCUGACCACUCAGAUAUUCAGGCUCGAGCGUCUCGUCGAUCAGCCACAAAUCUUCUUCCAUGCGCUCUACAAUCGUCUGCCUCCUCAGCCAGCCUCGUCGGACAAGCGCACCUUCAUCGUUCUCCCACCCGGCAGCUCGCCGGUCGGAGAGAGCUUCGAGCCCAUCGAAUGUCCAGGCGAUAUCGAUGAGGUGGGCGCACACAUGGCAAUGUUCGACUCACGGUCGAAGACAUACUUCAACAUGGGACUGCGUGAGCUGCACUGGGCGCUGCCGCGAAGACUAGCGCGUCCACAGUUGACAAUAUCAUUCUUUCUGGCAGGUGCUGCUGCUCUGGUCGCGCAGUGCAUUGACAAUGAGACGGCUGAAACGACACCUGAGGCAACGGUCAAGCAGGAGUCGUCCGCUCCAUAG